GCGAGGGGAUGCGGUGCGCCCGCGCCGCGUGCUGUGCCGAAGCGGCUCUUUAGAUCCUCCCCGGCCCGAGUCUCCCAUGCCAUGGAUGCCUCCGGGGCUCUUGCUUCGGCUCCCUCCUCCGCGGCUCCCUCGGGCUCCCGCAGCCCCCUGUUCCCCCCCGGAGCCGACAGAGAGGAGUGGGGACCGAGGUUCAAUUGUGCCCCUUCCACCUCUGCCGCAGCCUCGCAGGCGAUGCCAGCGUCUGGCCGGAAGAGGAAGGCCAACUUCUCCAAUGACGAGACCGAGACGCUGGUCUGGAAUGUGGUCCGGCAUUUCAGCGCCCUGUACGGGUCCGAGGCCCUGCGGGCUCACCCCGUGCGGCGGAAGCAGCUCUGGACCCAAAUCCAAAGCCGCGUCAACUUCCUGGGCUACACCGAGCGCUCCAUCGACGACCUCAAGCACAAGUGGCGCGACCUGCGGCUGGACGUCAAGAAGAAGAUCACCUCCAAGAAGCACCUGCCCAUGAACCGCGCCGGGGGGCCGCUCCACAAGCCGCGCCUCACGCCCCUGGAGAAGAUGGUGGCCUCCACCUUCCUGCAGGCCAGCCACGACUCGGAGCCCGAGAUCAUCCUGGACCCGGAUCUGUUCUUCCCUGGCGCCUCCAAGCAGCCCUUCAUGCACCUGCAGCCUGGCGUGAGCCACCCCAGCAUCUACAUCGACACCAACGGGCAGCCCUCGGCCCUGCCGGACGUGGAGGGCUCGGCCGCGCCGCGGCUGCCGGGACAGAGCCCCGACCCCGCCGGCGGCACCGACUACGGCCGAGGAGAGGGGCAGGGCGGCUCUGCCGAGUCGGGGCCGGAGCUGCGGACUCCAGACGUGUCGGCCAUCUCCCCAUCCCUGCGGAACGAGUCCCUGGUCUCCUACGCCUCCAUGUCGGAGGAGGAGGAACGGGAAGGCCGGGAGGUGGAGCGUGGCCACGGCGGGGCCGCGGGGAUGCAGCCGGGGCCCGAGGCCCCCAUGUCUGCGGAGGAGGACAUGAAGCUGUCCCGCCAGGCCAUGCUGAUCCGCCGCUGCAGCUCCCAGGGCUCCGUCACCUCCCUGCCCGAGGACUCCCUGAACCCCGCGGACGCUCACUCGGACUGGGGGCACGAGGGGGUGUCCGACCUGCCCGCCCUGGGCCGCGGGAUGGACUCUGCGCAUCCCGAGGAGCAGGCGGGGGGCCCGGGCCCGGAGAUGGGCGCCUUGCCCAGGGUACUGAUGGGGCCCACCUGGGAGAAGGCCCCGGCGGACGAGGAGCCCCCGGCCCGUUCCCCGCUCCACGGCGCCCUGACCGAGGAAUCGAGUGUCUGA